AUGACCAUGCCCAAGUUUAAGGGCGCUCUUAUGUGGACUGUCCUGCUAUCCGCUAUCCAGAACGUUGCAAGUACACCGGAGCAACGGCUCUUGGGCGAGUUUCGCCGUUUCACUCUCAACGAUAUCGUUCCCUCACACGACCCAGUGUCGGGUCAGGUCAAAUGUUGUCCCGAAGGUACGAGUUUUGAUGGACACAGCUGUGCUCUCGGCAUCCCGCAGUGUCACGAAGGCACUGUUCGGCGUGACGAUUACUGUCUCUCGCUGCAAGAUCCCAUGUGCCACGGCGAAAGCCAUUGGAAUGGCAACACAUGCGUUACCAAUCAUGAACCAUUCUGUCCCGACCCGUAUGUCUUGAACCGGGCAGUAUGCGUUAGCGCUCAAGGGCCGCGCUGUCCGACGGACUUCCAACCCAGCGGCAGUGUUUGCGUGUCUGAUCUAACGCCUUCGUGCUUGGAUGAUGGCUAUUUCAAUGGUCAGACUUGUAUCCAUUCUGAAAGCCCGCAGUGUCCCCCAGGUGCAGUUCUAUCUCACUCGGUGUGUAUCAGCGAGGAGGACCCCUACUGCGCCAAACUCACGACGUUUGAUAAGACCGUUCACAAGUGCGUCUCCAUUGCGGGCCUGACAUGCCCCCCUGGUACUAUCUGCAAAGGGCGGCGCUGCAUCUCCGAGGAGGAACCGUCCUGCCCUGAGGAAACGGUCCUAAACAAAACGACCGGUCGUUGUAUCUCUUCAAGUCCUGCUCUUUGUACUGAUGGCAGCCGGCCGGUCAAUAACUUCUGCACUACAAGUGAAGACGCCACAUGCUCUGAUGGGAGCCAACUGGCUGUUGACCGGCUCUCGGGUAACGCCUUCUGCUGCCCUCCCAACAUGGGCUGGGAUAGUCAAAUGUGUUUCCUGGAGCCAGACAAUGGGCAGUGUCCUGAAGGAACCAUUUUGGAGAAUGGUCGCUGCAAGAGACCGGGUACGAGGGAGCCUGAGUGUUCGCCUGGCCUGUCAUUUGAGGACCAUCGCUGUGUCCACCGGGUGCCUGUUCCAUGCCCACCAGGCUUUGCUCCAGAGGGCAACGUCUGUGUGUGGCGCGAGGAUCCGAAAUGCGACGCCUUCCUGGACUUGAUCGACGGCGAGUGUGUGGCCACAGAGCAUGUGGAAUGCCCAGUAGGAACAGUCAUGGAGAGCGGAAUGUGUAUCAGCAGCGAAACCCCUGGCUGUCCACCUGGGUCAACAUGGGAUGGAUUCAAUUGUGUCGUCGAUGAACACGUGGAAUGUCCUGAGAACUCGACUUGGGAUGGAUCACAGUGUGUGACGGGUGUGAACCCCAAGUGUCCCCCUCACACCGCCUUUGACGGUCACCAGUGCAUCUUUGACAUGGAAUUUCCCGUAUGCCCUGAAGGCAGUCGACUAAGUGAAGGCAGGUGCGUCACUGACAUCCCUGUUGAGUGUCCAAAUGGAGCUACGUUCAACGGCGAAGAUUGUGUCAGUGGGGACAUCCCCACAUGCCCAGACAACACCCAGCUUGUCAGCAACCACUGCAUCUCGAAUGACAAUCCUCUCUGUCCUCCUGGCUACGUGUGGAGAGCGGGCAAUUGUGUUACAACCGAGACUAAUCCCUGCCCUCCUGGCUACACCGUGAGUGGUAGCGAGUGUGUUUCGGAAGUUGACCCAGAAUGCCCAGAGGGCUCAACCCGGAAGGGGGAUGCAUGUGUUGGCGACAAGCCACGAUGCCCAGAGGCCACUGUUUUUAUCGACGACCGCUGUGUUUCGACGGAGAAUCCUACCUGUCCUCCUGGUUUCAACUACCAAAACAGGCGCUGCGUUUAUAACCAGGACCCCGAAUGUCCAGAUGGAUGGACUUUCAGCCUGGUUGACCAUCGCUGUAUCAAUGCACCUCGUUGUCCCCCUGGCCAGAUUGCCGAAAACGGCCAGUGUAUCCUGGCGACCAACUGUCUCAGCUACGAGUUCUGUCCUGUCCCGUCAGUUGGUCUCCAUUCUCAUGCUCAUGUCGAUGGACUCUAG